GUACGUAGGGUACAACCCAACAAAGCGUCAGAAAACCACUUCGGUAGAAUUGGGGGUCUCCGCUCUCUAUCACCAUUGAUUGCUUCUUUUCCGGUGAAUUAGGGUUUCAGUGGUGACCGAAAUGACGAUCGACGACGAAAACUCCGUUUACGUCGGCAACCUUCCGUACGAAUCCACUGAAGAUACUAUUCGAAGCGCUUUUGACAUUUACGGUCAAAUUAUCGCCGUUAAGAUAAUCAAUGACCGUGGAGUAAAUGGAAAAUGCUAUGGGUUUGUUACUUUUACAAAUCCCCGAUCUGCGGUCAAUGCCAUCAGUGAUAUGGAUGGAAGGACCGUUGAUGGACGAGUUGUAAAAGUCAAUGAAGUCAAGACGAGAGGCGGGAGAACAAACUUUGGCCGUGACAAUUUCCGUCACAAUACUAACAGAGAUGUGGAGUUUGACAGGGGUAGAGAUAGAGACUACGGUCGUGAACGUGAUCGUUCUCGGGACCAAAACAGGGAAUGGUCUCGAGAUCGCGAUCAGGGUAAAGACAGAGGAUAUGAUCGGGGCCGUGAUGUUGACCGGUCCCGGGACCGUUUUGUUAACCGGGACAGGGGACAUGAUCGAGAUAAAAAUUUGGAUGACAUUGACCUUGAACGUGAAAGAGAUCAUGACCAAACAGACAUGGAUCAAGAAAAGGAGAUAAGAAGAAGUGGGAAUAAGUAUAAAGAUCAAUCUGCGAAAUUGACAAAUGGUUCAGAUUUAAGUGAACGCCAUAGCAGAGACUAUCCAUCUGGUUCAAGUCAUGGAGAUCAUGAUCAGGUUGCAAAGCAACUCGACAUCUCUCACCAAAAAAUAGAAGAACUUCAAAAAGAGGUUAUUCGCAUGGAAGAGCUUGCAGAAGAGAGAGGUGAUCAUGUAUCUAAGCUGCAAGAGAAGUCUCAGAAGCUAGAGGAUGAACUGGCAUCUGCCAGGAAACUUACUUCAAAUCGCAAGAAACAACUGACUAAGCUUUAUAAGUGUUUUCUUAAUGUGAAAGAUUCUGGUGAGAAACUUAAAAUCUAUGAAGAGGAACUCCAGUCUCUUGUAGGGUCAAUGCUGAAAGAACUAGAUAAUCACAAUGGACUUGACCCCGACGACGGCUAACUGAUCGAUUUAACUAGGGUUAUUGUUGUCAUUUUAAACACUAUGAAAGCAAAAUCGUGUUUUGUUUUGCUGUAGAUAUCUGCUAACAUAUAGAUAUUGAAAUUAGUAAUCCUUGUUACAUUGUCUUGUUCAACGUCCAAUAACAAACCAAACUACUUCCUAUGGAAGGCGCUAGGCUUCCUAUGGAUCAAAAACCGGGCUAUAAGAAUCGGUCUCAAUUGUGACCAGUGGAAGAGUUUUAUUG